AUGAUUUCUGAUAGAUUAAAAUUCUUAUUUUCUGUUCUCUAUUUCCUAUUCCUUUUAUUGUGCGAAUUCCCUAAUACUUUUUGUCCUCGUCCGUCACUUCAAUUGGCUGUCGCUGAUCACAAAUGUCAUCUACUUCGACGCAUGAGGCGAUAUCAGCUGAUUAUCGAAACUGGAGCAAACAAACAGUGACGAGCAUAGGAUAUUUCUGUUUUGUUAGAUCAGGAGGAGACGGAAAAGAAAUUGUUCAUUGAAUAAUCAAGUUCAUUUAAUUUCCAAGAUAUACGUAUUUCUUUCCUGUGAAAAUCCGCCUCGUUUUAUCGUAGCUGCGAACAAACAAUGCGCCUGGCAGCUCUCCUGAGCGUGAUAAUUGUUCUCUCACUCACUAUGCAACUGGUGAGAUCCUGGCACGCCAAAACUAAACAAAUAUCGCCCAUUAUUUUGGUUCCAGGUGAUGGCGGCAGUCAGGUCGAGGCAAGGAUUAACAAGUCAUCAGUGGUGCAUUAUAUCUGCGCGAAAAUAUCCAACGAUUAUUUUAACUUGUGGCUGAACAUGGAACUGCUUGUACCUGUCGUGAUAGAUUGCUUUAUAGAUAAUCUUAAAUUGAAUUAUGAUAAUGUGACAAGGACCACUAGCAAUCAACCUGGAGUAGAUAUAAGGAUACCGGGAUGGGGUAAUCCAUUUGUAGUUGAAUAUAUAGAUCCCAGCAGGGCCUCACCAGGCUCGUAUUUCAAGGACAUUGGAAACAUGUUGGUAAACGAUUUAGGAUACAUCAGGAAUUUAUCGAUACGUGGUGCACCUUAUGAUUUCAGAAAAGGACCUAGCGAAAAUGAAGAAUUCUUUACUAAAUUGAAAACUUUAGUCGAAGAAACGUAUAUAAUGAAUAAUAAUACGCCAGUGACGCUACUGGUUCACAGCAUGGGUGGACCUAUGACUCUUAUAAUGUUACAACGUCAAAGUCAAAAAUGGAAGGAUAAAUACAUAAAUGCCUUUAUCACACUUAGUGCUGUAUGGGCAGGAUCUGUCAAGGCUAUUAAAGUAUUUGCCAUUGGAGAUGAUUUAGGUGCAUAUUUUCUUCGUGAAAGUGUAUUAAGAGACGAACAGAUAACGAGUCCAAGUCUAGGAUGGUUGUUACCUUCAAAACUACUUUGGAAAGACACAGAGAUUUUGGUGCAAUCGGAUCAGAAAAACUAUACGUUGAGCAAUUUACAACAAUAUUUUAUUUAUAUUCAUAAGAGAAGCCGUUUAAAAUUCGUGUUUAUUUUUUUCAGGUUGUAUUAUAAACCAGGUACGAGUAUAAAUGGUUACCCUAAAUUAAUAGUUGGAGAUGGCGAUGGAACGGUAAAUAUAAGGAGUUUGGAAGCAUGCACACUUUGGCAGAAAUCACAAGUACAAAAAAUUUAUAAUCAAAGUUUUCCUGGAGUAGAUCAUACUGAGAUCUUAAGAAAUCGUGAUGUUUUGACAUAUAUUAAGGCAGUUUUAAAAGUAUAAUAUAAUUUUUAUUAGUAAUUUUUAAUGAAAUGCAAAAGAAUGACAA